AUGGCCGGAACAUCGGAGAAAGCGGCUGCCUCGGCCAGUCCUCGUCUCGCCUGGAUUGGUCUCGGCAACAUGGGUCGCGGCAUGGUGAAGAAUCUCGCCGAGAAAGGCACCUUCAGCGGUCCCGUCGCCAUCUACAACCGAACAACCGCGCGGUCAGAAAAGAUCGUAGACAGCCUCCCAGCCGGCAAGGGCAAAGUGGCCACCUCGAUCGCCGACGCUGUCAAAGAUGCAGACAUCGUCUUCCUGUGUGUAGCAAACGAUGCAGCCGUAGAGGAGUCCAUCGACGCAGCCCUGGAGUCACCAAAUUCCCAGGGCAAGCUGUAUGUAGACUGCUCGACCAUCCACCCGGACACAUCCAACAGAAUCGGAAAACAAAUCACAGAAGCUGGAUCGGAAUUCGUCGCCUGUCCCGUCUUCGGUGCGCCCGCCAUGGCCGACGCAGGCCAACUGAUCGCCGUGCUCGCCGGGCCGACCGCCCAAGUCGACCGCGUGCGACCCUUCUGCAAGGGCGUGAUGGCGAAAGCCGAGAUCAACUUCUCCGACCAAGAGUACGGCAAAGCGACGAAGCUGAAGAUCAUCGGCAACACCUUCGUUCUGGGUAUGGUCGAAGCGUUGUCUGCAGGCCACACUCUAGCGGAAAAGUGCGGCCUCGGAGUGGAAAAUCUGCAUCAGUUCGUCGAGGUCAUGUUUCCCGGCCCCUACACGGCGUAUAGUACGAGGAUGAUGUCGGGCGACUACUGGAAGCGUGAGGAGCCCUUGUUUACAGCAAAGUUGGCCAGGAAAGAUGCUGGGCAUGCGUUGAGUCUCGCAAACAGCUGUGGUGCGAAGCUCAAGGCCGUCGAAGUGGCGGAUGAGCAUUUGAAAGCUGUGGUCGAGCACGCGGGCGAUCGAGGCGACAUCAGCAGUAUCUACGGCGCUGUGAGGAAAGAAUCUGGGUUGAAAUACGAGAAUUGA